GUCCGCUUCGUUCUCCUCACUCUUGGCUUGUCUGGUCAUUGUUUGGCGCUGGCAUGGCCCAUUCAUGCUGCCAGCUUCGGUUGCAGUGAUUUGGCCUUGCUCGUCUCCCUCUCGCCUCCCAAGACCCAACUUCCGGGAGUCGAAAAACCAGUUGUUCGGCCCAGUCGACUUUGUGACCAGCCGCCCACCUUCCCGACCCCGUGUUUCCCUCCUUCCAUUGCAACUUCUCUCCUCACGGAAGAUUGCGUUUAUUUCUGCCCCCUUUGCCCGUCCAUUUGGCGAGUUGACAUACCAAACCUGUCAGGCUGCGUUGACAGCUAUCAAAAUUCUGUUGGAAAUAUCUCCGGUCACCAUCUCGACCGUCGUCCAAGUCCCCAAAACCAACCACUCCAGACACAAGAGUACCCAUUUUACGCACCCGCAGGCUCACACGAAACCUGCACCCAGACACAAAGGCACAUGCAUUCAAUCUGUCGGCCAGCUGACCCCGCAUUGGUUGAAUGGGUUAUCCCACCUCGCGCCCCAGUCCCUGAGGCGUUGGCAUCACCACAUGUGCUCGUGUAUGUAUGUGUGUGCGUGUGUGUACGACAGAACAAAGACAGUCGGACAACUGGGAUAGGGCAGAAGAGCCAGGCCAAGCUAUUCAACUCAACCGGACAACCGAAUCGGCGCGCGAAUUGGCUCGCCAAGGCCGGGCGGAUAAAGAAGUUUUUUCCUACUUUUAAUUCCUCCUUGUCCAAGGCUCUAGGCCUUCGCGAGGCCACUUCGCCGGGGCAAGAUAGCAGCUUUAGUAGAAGGGGGAACAAGUGUCUCAGAGUACCGUUUCGGCGUGUUGCCAAUGCCUCUGCCAAAACCGAAGUCGACGGAAAAGGCCAAAUCUUGGCAGCUCGAGAUUUUGACAAAAGAGGCAAACAAACAAGUAAUGACAACAACCAGUGA